AUGGCGUACAGCCUGAAGAUGGCCUGUGUCGCCAUCGCUCUCGCCGCCACCGCGCUCCUCUUCACCAUCCCACGAUCUCAAGCAUGGGAUGCGGACAUGGUGCCGGUGGGGGCGCCGGAGCACGCGUUGACGGCGAUCCCGGGCGGCGGCGCAGAGACGUUGGCAGCGGGGGCGCCGGUGUGCCUCCAGUGCCGGUGCUGCUCCAGGUCGAACUCGGGCAGCUGCCAGAUCACCAGCUGCUGCUCCACCUUCAACUGCGACCCCACCGGCAAGUGCAACGUCGUGCAACAGAAGUGCGGCUGCAACGGCUGCUAA